CUGCAAGGGAGAAGAAAAAAAACCAAAAAAACCAGACGGUCUGAAAAGAAGGAUGUCUGAAACAAGGAGCACCAAAGAAGAGAAGAAACCUCCUCUGAAUGGAAGAAGAGCUGUCCCAUCAAACAACUCCAAUGAUGAAGAAAAUGAGGUCCCUGAGAUGGAGCCUUUUGGAUUGAUACCUAGAGGAUUUAAUCCAAAAGACUACCUGCAUGUUGUGGACAUUCAUAUGUUCCAGGAGCCCCACGAGAUCAACAAGCAGGAGCACCACACUGACAAGUACUACAGCCCCAAGCUGAUAGUGCGUCGGGGACAGCCUUUCCAAAUCCAAGUUGACUUCAACCGACCCUACAAGCCAGAGACGGACCAGUUCUGGCUGGAGUAUUUGAUAGGUCGCUAUCCACAGCAAAACAAAGGCACCUACAUCCCGAUCCUCGUAGGUGAUGUGCUGAAACCUGGCGAGUGGGGAGCCAAGAUUACCCAGAAGGAGAACAACUCCAUUCGCCUGUCCAUCAUGUCCUCUGCCACCUGCAUCGUUGGGAAGUUUCGCCUGUACGUUGCCGUCUGGACUCCCUUUGGCAUCCUCCGGACGCCCAGGAACCCGGCAGCCGACACCUACAUCCUGUUCAAUCCCUGGUGCCAGCAGGAUGCCGUGUAUCUGGACGACGAGAAGGAAAGGGAAGAAUACGUCCUGAAUGAUGUUGGGAUUGUUUUCCAUGGGAACAUCAAUGACAUAAAAUUAAGAAGCUGGAGUUACGGUCAGUUUGAAGAAAACAUUCUGGAUGCUUGCCUGUUCCUGAUGGACAAGGCAGAACUGGAGCUCUCUGGGCGCGGAAACCCAAUCAAAAUCUGUCGUGUUGCCUCGGCAGUGAUCAACUCCAGGGAUGAUAAUGGUGUGAUUGCUGGAUCCUGGGACAACACGUACACUUAUGGGGUCGCACCUUCAGCCUGGACGGGAAGCGUGGACAUUCUCUUGGAGUAUUACAGUUCUAAGCAACCAGUGCGAUACGGCCAGUGCUGGGUCUUUGCCGGUGUCUUCAACACAUUUCUGAGGUGCUUGGGGAUACCUGCAAGACUCGUUACCAACUAUUCUUCUGCCCAUGACAACAACGCCAAUUUACAGCUGGACUUCUUUCUGGAUGACGAAGGGAAAGUGGACACCAAACUUACUAAAGACUCUGUCUGGAACUAUCAUUGCUGGAAUGAAGCUUGGAUGACCAGACCUGAUCUUCCUGUUGGUUUUGGAGGAUGGCAGGUUGUUGAUGGGACACCCCAAGAAACCAGUGAUGGUAUGUACAGGUGUGGUCCGGCCUCAGUUCAAGCCAUUAAACAUGGUCACGUUUGCUUCCAAUUUGAUGCUCCUUUUGUCUAUGCUGAGGUGAAUAGUGAUAUUGUUUACUCAAGAAUGGAGAAAAAUGGAACCCAAGUGAUAGAAAAAAUAGACCCAACCCACAUUGGGCAGUUGAUUGUGACCAAGGAAGUUGGGGGUGAUGGAAUGAUGGACAUUACUGAGGAGUACAAAUUCCAAGAAGGCUCAGCUGAGGAGAGACUGGCUCUGGAGACUGCUGUGAUGUAUGGCGUUAAAAAGCACACCACCCAGGAUACCACGUAUGAGCCACAGACGGAUGUUGACAUGGACUUCCAAGUGCAAAAGGCAGUUCUUGGCAGUGACUUCAAAGUCACUGUAACUUUCAGGAACAAAAGUCACAACCACUACACUGCUACUACAUACCUUUCAGGCAACAUAGUGUUCUAUACAGGAGUCACAAAAAAUGAAUUCAAGAAACACUCUUUCAGUGCAAAACUGGAACCCUCUUCAUCUCGCACUUUCGAUGUUGUGAUCAAAUCGAGCGAGUACCUCAGUGACCUUCUGGACCAAGCAUCCUUUCAUUUCUUUGUGACGGCGCGGAUCAACGAAACGGGGAAGAUUCUGGCGGCACAGAAGGCGACAGUCCUGGAAAUUCCCACCUUGACCAUCAAGACCCAAGGUGAGAUGGUAGCUGGUAAAGAAAUGUCUGUGACUGUGGAAUUCACCAAUCCUCUGAAACAAACCCUGGAGAACGUCACGCUCCGCCUGGAGGGACCAGGCGUGCUGAGAACGAUGAAAAAGGAGUUCAGGCAAAUCCCAGCGAAUUCUACCUUGAUCUGGGAAGUAAAAUGCAUCCCAAAACGACCAGGGUUACGAAAGCUGAUUGCAAGCCUGAAUUGUGAUGCUUUGAGGCACGUGUAUGGUGAGCUGAACGUCCAGAUUCAGAAACCAUGA